AUUGCAAAUUCCCUGCCGAAGCAUCAAGCGCUUGUCCACAGCUUGAAAAACGAUGGACACACAAUCGUCGGCUAUGUCCGGAAAUCGUUAACCAAUGACCAUAAAGGAAACCAAAUCAAACUGCUGCAAGCAAUGUGCGACAAUUUUAAGGAAAGGUCGAUGGUGGACGUGGUCUUUGGCUCCACUUACAGCAAAGCAAAACGAUCCGUUUUGCAAUAG